AUGGCGGAGGAAAAUGUGAAAGCUAUAAAUAAGCGGAAAGCUGUUUCAUUAAGCCAAAAAAUCGAAAUUAUUACAAAGUUACAGAAUGGUGCAGCAAACGCUGCGAUUUGUAGGGAGUAUAAGUUGUCCAAGUCGACUGUCUCAACGGUAUGGGCAAAUAAGGAAAAGUAUUUAAGCGUCCAACAUGUAAAUUCUCCUUCUACCAAAAAGCUAAGAGGGUCGUCUAAGCCAGAAGUAGACCAGUCACUUCUGAAAUGGUUUUCAUUAAAACGUAGCCAGAACAUUCCUAUUUCGGGACCCAUUCUUCAAGCCAAAGCUGCGGAAUUUGAAAAAAUUACGAAAACUCUGAAUACUCAGGAAUCACAAGAAGAACCAGGGUCUUCAUCGAAAGAAAUUGAAUACUCUAGAGGAUGGAUUGACCGCUUUAAACGCAGAUAUGACAUUCAAUCUGGGAAAAUUCAUGGUGAAUCGGCUAGUGUGUCUUUGGAAGUUACCAACCAGUGGAUAAAUACAGUUUGGCCUGGUUUGAGAAGUAAAUAUGAAAAGUGUGACACCUUUAACGGUGAUGAAACCGGAUUAUUUUUUAAACUGACACCUGACAGAACCCUAAAAUUCAAAGGAGAUAAAUGUUCUGGAGGAAAAUUGAGUAAGGAGCGCAUUACUGUGUUUGUCUGUUCAAACAUGGAUGGAUCUGAAAAACGUAGACUUGUUGUAAUUGGCAAGUCUGCUUCACCAAGAUGCUUUAAGGCAACAAAAAAUCUUCCAGUGACGUACUAUUCAAAUAAGCGAGCAUGGAUUACAUCGGAGAUCUUCGAAAAAAUUUUGAGAGAUUGGGACACGGAAUUGGAGAAAAGGAAAAGGAAAAUUUUGCUAUUGGUUGAUAACUGUCCGGCCCAUCCAAAGGUACUCAAUCUUAAACGCAUUGAGUUAAUCUUUUUGCCUCCAAAUGUUACAGCCGUGCUUCAACCUAUGGAUCAGGGCGUCAUACGUAGUUUGAAAUCUCAUUAUAGGCAGCAGCUUUUGUUUAAGUUAAUUCGCGCUUUAGAUAGUAAUAAUGAUUUAAAAAUUACAUUACUAGACGCUGUUAUGAUGCUAGUGACUGCUUGGGGACGAGUCAGCUCUACAACCAUCUUGAACUGCUUCCGUCAUGCAGGAUUAGAUAUUGGGCGUGAUGCGUUUGACGAAGACGACGACAUUCCAUUGGCUUUAUGGAUAGAGAAGGAAAGAAGUAAAGAAAUAGAUAAUAUACCAGAUUUGAAUGAGUGGGCAAAAAGUAACUCAAUAACAGAUUUUGAUGACUUUAAUUUAACAGAGUAUGCCACUGCCGAUGACAAUUUAGUUGUAGCUGAGUUUCCUUCUGAUGCAGAGAUAGUGUCUUCAGUAAGCAGCCAAAUCGACAUUGAAAGCGAAGAACUAGAAAAAGGAGAAGAUAGUACAGAAGGAGAAAAUCAAAGGGAGCUGCCUACGACAUUGGAAGCCUUGGACUCAUUGGAGACAGUAAAUAAGUUUUUACGUUUUAAUAAUCCCACCGAUGAUUGUAUUAACGCAUUAGAACUUAUUCAUGGUACGAUUCAGAAAUCUCUUUUAGAAAAACGUAAAAAGCAAACAAAAGUUACAGAGUUUUUUAAAUUGUAG